AUGUGGAAACGACGGAACAUUGGAAACGAAUGGGAAGGCCUGCUGGAGGGAUUCGCUUGGAUCAAGAUGGCAAAACAGGAGCAUCAGAGGAUUAUGGAGCAGAGGGAGAGAGCAUGCGAAGACGAGGACGAGGAUUACUGCCCCAUGGAUGAUGCCUUGGAGGACGAGAAGGCAGAGAAGACUGCCGCUGAGGAUGGAGAACCAAACGACUAUGACCAGUUUGCGAGUUUUGGAGAUGAGGAGCACACGCCGCAGCUGGAUGCCAGAGCAAGCAACGACAACAACGACGACGACAAUGUAGAGGGUAGACAGGAAGCGGAGAGUGAAGAAGACAAACUACUGGAGGACUUGGCAUAUGAGGUCAUUGGUGAAAUGUUAGCUGGAGGGGCUGUCGACAGAGCACUUUUCUUUGAGGGAGGUGACGAAGGAGGAAACAAUGGUGGAGGCAUUCAAAGAGCAAUUUUGUGA